AUGCUGCGUAGAAUAACGAAGAAUUGGUGGCGGGUACCGAUAAGGCAUUGUGGCAAUCCUGCUGGGGACUGUGACUACGCACCCUGUCCUCAGCCGCCGCCCACUCCCGUUCCUCCAUACAUAGCGCCGUGCAACUCGCCUGUACCACCGUACUAUUGCUGUCCAAGAACGAAGUACGAUGUGAAUUUCAUUUAUAUAAAUGAUCAGCCACCUAAAACGAAACUUGGUGACGUUGUAGACAGAAUGGCGAACGCGGUUUUUUGGUUGGAAAUAGCUAGGGGGUUUGCUGUCACGCUAGGACACAUAUUCAAGGAACCAGCAACAAUCAAUUACCCUUUUGAGAAGGGUCCUUUGUCGCCGCGUUUCAGAGGCGAACACGCUUUGAGAAGAUAUCCAUCAGGAGAAGAACGAUGUAUAGCGUGCAAGCUGUGCGAGGCAAUCUGCCCUGCUCAAGCGAUAACCAUAGAAGCUGAAGAACGGGCGGAUGGUUCUCGACGAGCCGUAAGAUACGACAUAGACAUGUCAAAAUGUAUCUUCUGUGGAUACUGCCAAGAAGCCUGUCCCGUAGACGCAAUAGUAGAAGGACCCAAUUUCGAGAACUGCACGGAGACUCACGAAGAACUCUUGUAUAACAAGGAGAAGCUCCUAUCGAUUGGGGAUCGUUGGGAACCAGAAAUUGUGAGCAAUUUAAGCGAUAAUCACUUGUAUCGCUAA